CAACCCCCCGUGGGCUAAGGUCGUCCUACACCACACACACACACACACACACAACGGUCGACUCUUUCAGCAAGCGUUUUAUUCAGGAAUACGGGAGGUGUUUCUUCCGUCUAAACACCGUCAUACGGAGCUAUCGUGGCGAAGAGAAGAUCGCUGGAUGUUAUCUUCAUGUAGAAGCUGAGGAGGGCUUCGUUUGCGGGAGCAGAAAUCGUGCGUUUUCUGAGGUUUGGGGACACAUCUGGCUUGGAUUUAUCCGCUGACUGGGUCUAUCACCAUGAGCCGUCUGUUGCUGGGUAUCGCCGUGGUGUUCCUGGGUUCCGUGUGUUGGGAGGUGUGGUCCUGUAACGAGGCUCUGUGCGCACCUGACGUCAGCAGGUGUUUACUGCUGGAGACCUGCAACUGUAAACCUACCGAGAACAACUGCACCUGCUGUCAGGACUGCUUCAAAUGUCUGCACAGGCUCUGGGAUGAGUGCUGCGACUGUGUCGCUAUGUGUCGGAAGAACCACUCCAGGGCAGCGGCGUCGUCCAAGAGUUCUAUCUCGGACCUGACCGACCCCAUCCCGUCCCUGUUCAACGCGCUGACCGACCCGUCCCAGGACACUCACCUCAAGUGGACCAUCAUGCGCAUCCCGGCAGACGGCGACCUCCCCGGCAUCUCCGCACAGCACUUCUUCCACGUCAAGGAGAAACUACAACAGGGCGCAGACGUUCUGCUUGAAGACCAGUUAAUAGACAAGUCCCUGCCGGACCUCCCCGUGCUGAGCUCCCCACACCACAACAGCACCCAGGACCUCUGCACGGUCGUGUUCUUCGACGACUGCAUGUCGGACGACAAGUGUAAGAUGUCGUGCGAGUCCAUGGGAGCGUCGCGCUACCGGUGGUUCCACAACGGGUGCUGUCAGUGCAUCGGUCCCGACUGCAAAAACUACGGACUCAAUAAAGUCAAGUGCACGAACUGUAUGAGCGACUUCUGAGCCACCCUCUUAUAAAAAAAUUAAAGUAGCGCCUUUUUACUGUAAAUACUACUUUACUACAAAUUUGGAGUCUUGGCGUAUUUUGAACUGAACAGAAACAAGGAUAAGAUCCGUUGCCUGGCAACGCAGACGAUAGAAUCAGUCUGAGCGCCUGGAUCGGAAUAUGGACUUGGGCAACCGAAUUGUAAAUUUUGUAACGGUACGAAUCGGAAAGAUCUUGCCAGAAUUACUAUAUAUUAGGUCAUGUCGGAAACUAUACGCUUUUAAUGCUUAGGUAACAUUUAUCUAGAGUAUGUGAACAAGUAAAACUAAAAUAUUUGUAUUAUUUCCUGUGUUCAAGCGCUACUUUGUGGCACUUUCAAUGCCUGUGUAAACUCUACCGUUUGUAUUUUGACAUUUCUGUAUUAAAUCUAGACAUGGAAGCGUACUAACUAGCUUGUAUCUGAAAAGAAUCUGGCUAAAGACAUUGUACAUACCUGUUGCCAUUUACAGUAAAAUAUUAAAUAAAACCAUUUGACUAACUA